GAACAAAAUGUGACAUUUGGUUGUCUACUGCUACGUGCUGUCAUUAUUUGACGUAUUCAGUUGUGUAGCAGCUCUGAAAAACAAUCAGUUCGUGCAAAACGUGUCCUUAUUCGAGCUGCAGACAAUUCGUUCAGCAUCAAUUAGUGACAGUAGUUGAAUUUAUUUGCUUGAUCUGACCAUCAUUCCACGAAUAUCUGAUUUAAGACAGUGUGGACUUAUGGUCGUUGAUUUCUCAUCAUGGAACCGAUAUCAGUCAAUGAGGCUGAUCUCAAAGAAUUGAAGGAACGCAUGGCUCUUAUUACCAGUGCCGAUCCAACCCAGUAUCAUAACGAGUUUUCAUUAAAGAGAUAUCUACGAGCUUUCAAAAAUGUUGAUGCUGCUUUUCAGGCAAUUUUAAAAACGAAUGCUUGGCGUGUUGAAUAUGGAGUCGCUCAUCUCAAUCCAAAAUCAGCAAUUGUUGAAAAUAAUCUAAAUAAGGCAAGGGUUCUGCGACAUCGAGAUAUGUAUGGACGACCAGUGAUUUACAUACCUGCUAAAAACCACAAUCCCAAUGAAAGAGAUAUCGACAUAUUGACCAAAUUCAUUGUUUACUGUUUGGAAGAUGCUUGCAAACGAUGUUUUGAAGAGGUAAUUGACAAUCUCUGCAUUGUGUUCGACCUUAAAGAUUUUGGGAUGACUUGUAUGGACAAUCAGUUGCUGAGGAAUUUAAUUUGGCUCUUAUCACGCCAUUACCCUGAACGUCUUGGUGUUUGUCUAAUUCUGAAUGCUCCAACUCUAUUCUCAACAUGUUGGGCUGUCAUUAAAGGAUGGUUGGACGAAAAUACGUCGAGCAAGGUGGUGUUUGUUAACUCUGACAUAGAACUAUGUCAGUAUUUAGUGCCUGACAUACUACCCAGUGAUUUGUAAUCUCUGGAAUAUUUACCUGAGAUAUAAAAUAUAAAUAUGUCAUCAAACUGAAAAAAAUGAUGAAUUUGCCAGAUACAUUUUCCAAGAUCAACAACUGAGCCUAUAAUCUACCUUUUACCAUGUCCGAAACGCUGGCAGAUAGCUUCUGGAUAUUCAUCGUCAAAACUGAUUCUGGGCCAAUGUAAAUGACGUCCAUAGGUACCUGAGAUUGAAGAUUUCUCAUUCCAUGUAUACAUGUGUAGUCAAAUCAUAAAUAUUUUAUUUCUUAGUGAAGUUAAUUAGAGGUGUAGAUUUAUCUCCUUCCCCCUGCUGUAUGAAUUAGAUCAUUCAAUCGAACUAAAAACUUAACUUAUAAUAUUACAAUAAUUUUUCAAACACAAUUUUCAGGUAUAUCUUAUAUAAUGCCUAGAGAAUUCCAUUACCUCAAAAUCAAAUCUCGCCUUAUCGGCAAAAAGUAUUUAUUUUAGUUUUAUAUAGUUGUGAUAAAAAACCAUUUGAGCGUAUUAUCUCAAUGUAAAUGGAGCUUGCAAUACCACGAGACGCGAAUUCGGGUGGCCAUGUCAAAUGGCAAUAUAAUUUUAUUAUAUUGGUUAUUUUGCAUGCAAAAAAUAGACGUGUUAUUGUCAAGACUGUUGGACCAACUGUUCCCUUCCCCCCUUAAUAAAGAGCUUGAAAUUUUAUCAUUGAAUAUGUUGCAAUGAACUGCUAUGUUGUAUUAAGGAACAAAAUCUUGUAUCAAGUAACAGAACUUGAUCCAUCAAAACUUUAACCGGGCUAGUAGAAGCUCUUUCAAACCUAUCACCACAAUGAAAUAUGUAUUUGUCAAUAAACUAUUUUUGAUUGUCAAA